AUGUCGGACAAGACCAAGCUCGCCUCAAUCGUAAGCGACUGUAUCGACAAGGCUUAUUUGGAGGAGGUUAAAGCCGGUAACGUGAAGGGUGCCACUUCCUUUGCGCCCAUUGCGAGAAGCAUCAAGGCAUGCGUCACCAAGAAGUUUACCGAGCUUGGUCUUGAGGACCACCGUGCAAUUCUUGCUGCCACCUCCCCCAAGAAGAACGGCCCAAGCGACAAAGCUUCGACUUCUGCUGACACCGCCACCGCAGACGGCGAAACCAAAGUUUCAAACACCAACAACGACAAUGACGAGUCAGCUCUGGACGAGUCUGUUCUUGAGCCUCAUGACUGGUUCGUCCAGCAGUUCAACCGGAACGCCAACCCACUCCCGUCGCCCAAAUACAAGUGGUGCCAAAUCUGUAACAGGUGGUUGAGCAAGUUGACAGAGCAUAGGCAGGCACAUCACCGCCACAAACACGAGGAUGGAGCCGUCGUCUGCCCCUUGCCCGCGGUGGAGGCAUUCCGCACAGUCUGCCUUGAGCAGUACCCCGACCAGACUGCGCUGCGCUCCCACAUCAAUCGGGAUCAUCGUAUCAAGAAUGAGCGUAUGAAGCCUGGUGUUCCGGUUAACUCGCCCCUUGGCCAGCUUAUGCUUCGUGCUGAGGAGAGGGGAGUUAAUCAGCAGGAUUCCAACCAGCCCGAUGGCAAACCGACUGAGGCCAAAAAGACUGAUCCCAAACAACAUGGCUGA